GUCGUGUCGGAUUAUUGUCGAUAUCUGUUGCAUUGAAAGAGGCCAUGUUCAUCACAAAGACAAAUCCUUAGCUGGAUAGAUGCCCAACGGGGACGAUGAAGAAUUUCACUGUCGACUCCAAGGUCGACCUGCUUGAGCACCUCAUCGAGACGUCGCAGACAUGGGACGACCCCGACCUCGCCGCCUUCUUUGCGCACGCUCAGUCGACUUUUAAGGGAUUCAAGGGCACAACGUGGGAGGGCGCCGAUCUGGAGGACAAACUACGCGGGGAGGAGAAACACUGGUUGAGCGAGUGCGAUGGGAGUCGAAGCCGGCGCCGUGGCCACGAGAAGGGCUCAUACUACGACAAUGCCAUGGGGAAAUGGAAGAAGAUAUGGAAUGAGCUGCUAAUCAAGGACUGGCAGAAUGAGCUAGACAACGGUCGAGCGUUUGAGGAAGUGCCCCUCAGCCUUCGUGAGCAUUUGGUGCGCCCAAAGAAUGUCUUUGCAAUGGCCCCUCAUUCACCCGCGCCUGCAACAACGCCCAAGCCCAGAGUCGCUCUGGUAAAAGCCGAUCCCAACCAAUCGUCUCCCACGAAGCCACUGGAACACCAAACCCCAGGCGAGUCAGUGGCUGCCAAAGCCAAGAAGCUUGAGUUUGAGUAUGACGGGGCAAAGCUGAAGAGGGUGGUGGACUCCGCAGUAGAAAAAGCACGAGAGAUAGGGAAGGUGGACCUGGCCGAUGCCGUACAAAUGAUAUAUCAUGACUCGCAGGAAAACUUCGAGCUGAGGUAUCUCCUGGACCACAUUCUCAAGCAGACCGCCGACGAAGAACAGAACACGCGGUUCCAAGACUAUGUCCGCGCUGCGAAACGAAAGAUCAAGAUGCAAAGGGGCCAGAAACAUAGAAGUGAAAUGAUCAAGGAUGGAGACCGUCGAGCCAAGAAGCUGUUGCAUCGCGCGAAGGUUGCCAAGGAAAGUGGAAAGAGCAGUCCACCUGUCGUGCCAACAGGCGAGAAGCUGUGCGAUGAGAAGACGUGGUCUAGCAAGUGUCCGUGCGCGCAGUGUCUCCGCGACAAAGCGGAAUAUACAGAAGAUGCGACUGGGGUUACUGAUGCAGAGCAUCAGCGCAAAUAUGAAGAAUUCAUGCGCAAGAAUGGUCUAGAUGCUGGUAAAACGAAGGACUCGUCGAGGGCGCCGCCACCCAUGUACCAGCACGCUGUAGAGAUCGUGUCUCCGGUGAAGAAGGACUCUGCCACCUGGCAAGUCUCAAAAACAAGCAACGAGGAUGACAGAGUACGCACAGUCGACACCGACAUCACGCAGCUAGGCGCGGAACAGCAUGCCUCUAAGCAAGGCCCCCAAGAUUCUGUCCAAGCCAACGGCAAACUUGCCUCUGCCAAAACCGGCGGGCUAUCACACAGUAGCUAUAGGACGCUUCCACAUCACGAUCCGCUUGUCACUGAGAUUCUGGGCGACUUACAGUAUGAGCCGUCUGUGAAGAAGCUUCUGCGACAAAAUAGGGCACUGCCGACCAAUGCCAAUAUCAAGGACUUGCGCCGGCGAGAGUCAGCUCUCGAAGCUAUCAAGACCAUUGUUACGGAGACGCCAGCUGCAAAGACUGAUCUGAAGGUAAUGGCCGAGAAGCUGGAGGAGCGUGAUGCUCGCGAGGCUGAAGCUGAUGGCGAAGUCCGAUCAGAGAACCAAGCCAGUGCUGGAGCUGAAGAUGAUAGUCAAUACAACAACGAGCAGAGUGAUGAAGAGUCCGAGAAUGAGUACAAGGAGGACAUGGACGAGGACAUCACGCCACGCAGCAAGCGGGCUCUACGACCUCGUUUAUCAACUGCCGAAAUUGAAGAAACUGAGCGCGACUAUUCGGGACGGCGCAGAUCUCACAAGUGGCCCUGUCCUCUGGCCAAAGAGGCCGGUUGCGAUCAGUGGUUCAGCUCCUCUGGCCAUGCUGUACGUCAUGGAAAGAUCCAUACUGGUAUCAAGGACUUUACCUGUCCCGCAUGUGACAAGGCGUUCGCGCGAAAGGACAACAUGAUGGAGCACUUCAGAGGUGUGCAUAAGAACCGUGUUCCCUCGACGAAGCGUGGCCGACGUUCUUCCACCCAGUCCUCCAACGCCAUCAGCGAAGAGGCUGAUCAACGAGCGGAAGAGCGAGCGGCCAAGCGUAGACAGAGCAUGAGGAAGAACGCUGCAAAGGACACUACUGAUAGCAGAGCGUCCAGGGACAGCUCUAUCGUCUCUGGACGGUCUACGGACUCGUCGCUAACCGAGACGUUCUCGACAGACGAAGAGCGGCACGACCCUGGUAACCCAGAGAGUUUUGGCCGCCACGAGUCUGUCCCCCGCGAGCACGAAGUAGUGCUACACGGAAGCAUGAUAGCACAGCUUUCGACGACUUCAGAACCCGCAGUGCUGCUAGCACGCCUCGAAGCAAAGAUCGACGCUCUUAUCGGCCGUGACGCUAAUACUAUGAUCAAUGGCACGUCGAGACAACCACACGCCGAACAUGCCAUGGUCUCCUCUGCAGAGAGUCUGCUCGACAUCGCAACAUCGCUACAGACUGGUGCGCUCCACGACCAGAGCCCAGAAUUCAUACAGUUUGUCGCUCGUCUUACCCGGACUGCAGCGGAAGCUGUUAUUGAUGCUUCGAACAGUGCCAAAGCAUCUGCGGCCAUGGCGCGCGAAAUCAGCAUGAUGUUAGAAGAGCAGCAUGGACCUGCCGCUCAGAUCAGUGUAUAGUAUAGUGGAGGCAUUCCAUUUUUUCACGACGGUCAUGGACCUAAUGAUUCUGAGCGUUCUCGGUAGCCGGUAGCGGUCAUUUUUCCAGCUCGCGAUGACGCGUUAUGGCGCAACAGCGUUUGCAAGGAUCGAAUACAUGGGCACUGUUCAUACCAAUGCUUCUCGUCAGCGCAGGAACAGUGUAGCACAUUCUAGAAGGUAAUUCACGAAGUAUGAUUGCAAUUUGCUCGUAUAAUAAGCUCAACACUCGACUAUGAAUAUCAAG